GUGAUGAUAAACUUAUCAAUAUUGUGAUUCUUAAUCGUUGAGGAAUCAGAAAUUAAACAUAAUGUAUAUUUAUGAAUAGAAACUAGAUUUAUUGACAUAGAACAAUUUCCUCACUUUAUUAUCACAUUUUUUCGUCAUUUUGUGAAAGUGUUACACUGGGUUACUUUAGUAACAAAAGAUUACGACACCGAAAAUGUUGAAAACGACAUAAUAAGGGGUGAAACGAUCCUUGCAAAAGAACCAUGAAAACCCGUUACAGGACGUUCACCUGAAAAUGUUUGAAAACGACGUCGCUACGGCAACGUAACACCUUUCAUUGAUCAAAUACCGGAUGGCGCUUUUACUGCAUAAAACGCUUGAUAGACAACAGUUGGUCUGAAAGUUUCGUUAAAAGCACACGCGAAAGCUUUUUUUAUUAAUAACGUUUAAAUUAAAUAAAGAUUCUUUGUUUGUUAAAGGAAAAUGGCGAAAUUGGACGAUUUGUUCUCAAAGAAAAAAGAGACGACCCCAAUUCUCGAUUUAUCCAAAUCCGUAGUCAAAUCGGCAGAUGAUUUUAAAAAAUUAAUGGAGAAGGUACCCGAGUAUAAAAUAAAACCGGAAAAAGUUCGCUCGGAAGACGUUAAAUUACGCGAUAAAGAUUUCAAAUUUAAAACUGGCAAAAAAGAUUUUAAGGCAAUGAACGAAACUUAUCUGUUUAUGGAUCCGAUUCCGUCCGAAAUGAAAGAGUUAAAAUUGAAAGAUUUUAUUUCGAUCCCGAUCGAUUGGCACAUGUUGACAACGCUACGACCAAAAACUAAAUCGGAUGAGGAAUAUUUUUCAAAGAUCGUUGAAUUGGGAAAAGCAGAAAUGCGCACUGUUGCAAGGGAUAAGAGAAUUUUCGCGCAAGACAGUCUGGUGAGGAAGUCGAAAAAUAAAUCUGGAGUUGUAGAACAAAGAAUUGUUUCAUGUAGUGAAUGUGGGGAAGAAUAUUGUACAGGUAAAUUAAAUAAUAAGAUUAAGUUUAACUUAUAUACAGUGUCAGUAAGAUUGAUAUACUCUUAUAUAAACCUUGAUUAUCUUGACGGAAUAAUAUGCCUGUGUACGCUUUUUAGACAUUUUAGGUUUUUAAAUCCAUUCAUCCCAUCUUCUUCUUGUGUCUUAACUAUGUCUAGAUGCCAAUGACAACGCUUCCACCAAUAUCAUUCUGAACACUUCUUAAUCUUAAACUAAAAUUAGAACUAAAACUAGAAA